CGCCGACCUCGCGCUUCGGCAUUACGCCUCGAUACUUAAGUCCGAGCCCUGCAAGAAAAAUGAGCGACGCUGGCUCGGGUCUAAGUAGAGAAGCGAAUCUUUUAUAUCAAGUCGAUCCCCUCCUCAUUAUUCUCUACCCGGCGCAGAUCAAACAAGCAUAAUUGGCGCGAGGACGAAGCACGGCGCAUCGCAACCUCGUAAGACCGAAGCGCUCUGCCUUCUAUCCGAGCUAGUUGAUAUCUCCGAGCAGCUUUCCUCGCCCGGCUUUCCCCCAAUUCUCUGGGGGGCUUCAGCCGUAUUAUUUAAAUCACAAGUUACGGGGACCUUGUCCAUCGAUUUCGCAGACUCCAGUACCAAAGAUGGGGGAGGGACAUAACGGCCUGGCCUUGCCAGAAAUCGGGACCAUAAACACAGAAAUCCCUAGCGACAAUUCAACAAUGACCGCAUCCAGUAUCCAACUGGACCGCGAUCCAGAGAAGACACAGCCCGUGGAGAAACAAACCGCGGGACAGUUCGUACAGGAGAGCCAUGAUGCAGAGAAAGCAGAGCAGGUCACCCAGACUGCGGCGCCAGAACCAGCACCGCCAAGUAUGCCCCCAGAUGGAGGAUGGCAGGCAUGGCUGGUUGUAAUGGGAGCUUUCUGCAGUCUGUUUGUCAGUUUCGGUUGGAUUAACUGCAUCGGUGUCUUCCAGGAUUACUACCAGACUCAUCAGUUGAAGAACAUGUCUCCCAGCACAGUGGCAUGGGUUCCAUCACUGGAGACAUUCGUCAUGUUCGUCGGAGGUCCUAUCUUCGGAAAGCUCUUCGACAACUACGGUCCGCGAUGGCUAUUGCUUAUCGGAACCUUCUUCCACGUCUUUGGUCUGAUGAUGACCUCUCUCUCCACUAAAUACUACCAAUUCAUCCUCGCGCAAGGAAUCUGCAGUCCCCUCGGAGCCAGCGCUGUCUUCUACGCCUCCAUGACCUCCGCCGUCACCUGGUUCCACCACCGUCGUGCCCUGGCUCUGGGAAUCACAGUGAGUGGAUCGAGCUUAGGAGGAGUCAUCUUCCCCAUCAUGGUCGACCAUCUCGUGCAAGAAGUCGGUUUUGCCUGGGCGAUGCGUAUCUGCGCUUUCAUGAUCCUCGGCCUGCUCGUCAUCUCCAACCUUACGGUCAAGUCGAGAUUGAAGCACACCGUGAAGCCCUUCCACCCCAUGGAGUUCCUCAAGCCACUGAAGGAACUGAAAUUCAUCCUGACGGUGACGGGAGCGUUUUUCUUCUUCUGGGGCAUGUUCUUGCCUUUCACCUUUGUCAUCCUCCAGGCCGAGAGAUACGGCAUGUCCACCAACAUGGGAGCGUAUUUGAUCCCUAUCCUGAACGCUGCAAGUAUCCUCGGCCGUACUCUCCCAGGCUACCUCGGUGACCGCCUCGGCCGCUUCAACACCAUGAUCUUCAUGACCUACUUCUCCGCCAUCGUCGUUCUCGCAAUCUGGCUCCCCUCCCGCAGCAACGCCCCCGCCAUCGUCUUCAGCGCCCUCUACGGUUUCGGUUCCGGCGCCUUCGUCUCCCUCGGCCCCGCUGUCAUCGCUCAGAUCUCUGACGUGCGCGAAAUCGGUAUCCGCAACGGUACCUUCUUCGCUAUCAUCUCCAUUGCUGCCCUAACGGGAAAUCCGAUCGGAGGAGCUCUCGCUCCCAAUGUCGUCUCGGGUAGUUUUACGAAACUUCAAAUCUUCUGUGGUGUGGUGCAGAUGGCGGGAGCGACGUUUUUUGUUGUGGCGAGGGUUUAUAUUGGUGGGUUUAAGCCGAAUAAGAAGCUUUAAGCUUGCAAAAAAAGAAAAAAAAAAACAAGCACCAACAACAAUAAAAGGACAAAAAGGGAAGAGAAAAGACGAACAUGGCGGAAAAGAGACGUGGUGGUUUUUUUUAUUUUUAUUAUUAUUCCUUACUAACUAACUAACUAGAGUAACCGACCAACCACCAUGUAAUUAGACAUGCAUAUAGAUGUGUAGAUGGAUAUAGUUAACGCAUAAUGUGAAAUACAUAAUAGAAUCGAAGA